AUGGCUCACACCACAAAAGUUAAUGGCUGUGCCUCAGGAAAAGCAGACGAUGUUCUAAACGGGGACCAUGACAAGGAACAGAAAGACCCUUAUUUCGUGGAGACUCCCUACGGUUAUCAACUAGACUUGGAUUUCCUCAAGUACGUGGACGACAUACAGAAAGGAAACACCAUCAAGAAACUGAACAUCCAGAAGAGGCGGAAGCCCUCGGUGCCAUGUGCAGAGAGCAGGGCCCCGCCCGGCCAGCAGGGCGUGUGGACUUCCACUGAGUCCCUGUCCUCUUCCAACAGCAAUGACAACAAGCAGUGCCCCAGCUUCCUCCUAGCCAGGGGCCAGGCGACAUCCACUCCCGUCGCAAGGCUGCCCGCCCCGCUGGACAUCUCGCCCACUUUCCUCUCCAUCCCAGAGAGUCGCCAGCUGCCACCGCCCUCCCCGCAGCUCCCGAAGCACAACCUCCAUGUCACCAAGACGCUGAUGGAGACCCGGAGAAGGCUGGAGCAGGAGAGGGCCACCAUGCAGGCGACCCCGGCUGACUUCCGGAGGCCCAGGCUGGCCAGCUUCGGAGGCAUGGGCUCCACGGGCUCGCUCUCCUCCUUCAUGGGUUCCGGGAACCACAAUCCGGUCAUGCACCAGCUUCAGAAUGGCUGCUACCAAGGCAACGGGGACUACAGUGGCUAUGCCCCAGCCGCAGCCACCACCUCUUCCAUGGGGAGCUCCAUCCGCCACAGCCCCCUGAGCUCGGGGAUCUCCACGCCCGUGACCAACGUGAGCCCCGUGCACCUGCAGCACAUCCGGGAGCAGAUGGCCAUCGCCCUGAAGCGCCUGAAGGAGCUUGAGGAGCAGGUACGGACAAUCCCCGUGCUCCAGGUGAAGAUCUCGGUGUUGCAAGAGGAGAAGAGGCAGUUGGCCUCGCAGCUGAAAAGCCAGAACCAGAGGGCCGCGUCCCAGAGCGACCUCAGCGGGAUGAGGAAGCGGUCCUACAGCGCCGGGAACGCGUCCCAGCUGGACCGGCUCUCCAGGGGCCCGAGGAGCGGCGGGGAGCUGCACAUCGACGACGAGGAGGAGGAGGAGAUAGAGAGCGUGGAGCAGAGCACCCAGCGGGUGAGGGAGUUCCGGCAGCUCACGGCCGACAUGCAGGCCCUGGAGCGGAAGAUCCAGAGCAGCAGCUACGAGGCCCCCUCGGACCACCUCCUCCGGGAGAACGGGGAGGGUCCGCCUCCAGAGCGCCGGUCCGUGGCCGCGGGCGCCGACGAGAACAUGCACGACGUCGUCCUGUACCACAGGGGCUCCGGGUCCCGGAGAGACGCCGCCGUGGGGACCGUCACGGAGACGAGGGAUUCCGGGGUCGGCGUGACGGAGGCCAUGCUCGGGGCGACCACCGAAGCCGACAGGGAGAUUGAGCUGCAGCAGCAGACCAUAGAGGCCCUGAAGGAGAAGAUCUACCGCCUGGAAGUGCAGCUCAAGGAAACCACCCACGACCGGGAGAUGACCAAGCUCAAGCAAGAGCUGCAGGCCGCCGGGCUGAGGAAAAAAACCGACAAAGCCACCAUGGCCCAGCCGCUGGUCUUCAGCAAGAUGGUGGAGGCCGUGGUGCAGACGAGGGACCAGAUGGUGGGCCGUCACGUGGACGUGGUGGACUCGUGCGUGGGGACCUCCGUGCAGACGAGCAGCGUCGGCACCUCCUGCCGGCCCCUCUGCGAGAGCAAAGUCACGGGGCCGGAGCUGCCCAUGCAUUGGUGGGUUGUGAAGGAGAGGGUGGAAACGCGGGACCAGGGCACGGGGAGGGCGGUGGAGACGUGCGACAAGGGCGUGGGGGUGGAGAUCAGCGUCUGCGAGACGGGCAGCAACACGGAGGAAUCGGUGCACGACCUGUCGCUGCUCAAGACCCACCUGAACCUCAAGGACGUGCGGUCGAUCGGCUGCGGGGACUGUUCGGUCGACGUGGUCGUCUGCCCGCCGAAGGAGCGCACCUCCCGGGGCGUGAGCACGGAGCCCGCGGGCCGGGCGGAAGCUGCCGUCAUGGCCGCGCCCCGCACCGCCAGCCGGCACACCAGCACGGCCGUGGAGCAGGCGAGCCGGUCCACCAACACCGAGGCGGCCGCCCUCGUCGAGUCCUGCACCAACACCACCUCCCUCGGCACGUCGGACAAGCAGACCAGCACCGGGACGGUGGAGACGCGGACCGUGGCGGUCGGAGAAGGCCGCGUCAAGGACGUGAACCCCUCCACCAAGACCCGGUCCGUUGGAGUGGGCACGGUGCUCUCGGGCGGCUCCGGGCUGGACAGGCCAUCGGCCGUGAAGACCAAAGAGUCGGGCGUGGGCCAGAUAAGCAUCCACGACAACUACCUGGUGGGUCUCAAGAUGAGGACCAUCGCCUGCGGGCCGCCCCAGUUGACCUCGGGGCUGACGGCCAGCAGGAGGAGCGUAGGUGUCGGGGAUGAGCCCGUAGGGGCGUUCUCGGAGGGCCCCCAGCCUCAGGCUCCUUCCGGGAUGGUGACUGGCCUGGAUCACUACAUUGAGCGCGUCCAGAAGCUGCUGGUGGAGCAGCAGACGCUGCUGGCCGAGAACUACAGCGAGCUGGCGGAAGCGUUUGGGGAGCCCCACUCGCAGAUUGGCUCUCUCAACUCACAGCUCAUCAGCACCCUGUCGUCCAUCAAUUCCGUCAUGAAGUCUGCGAGCACCGAGGAGCUGAGGAACCCCGGCUUCCCCAAGACGAGUCUGGGUAAGGCCGCCGGAAGUAAUGUGGAAUACACCUGUAGGUGUGGAGGCCUACAGUCAGGAGGACCGUUGAACACGCAGACGCCCCGACAGGGACGGGAGGAGGGGUGCACAGAAGGAGAGCCUGUCUGCAGCCAGGAUGCCUUCCCCGCUCAGGAAAGCACGCUGUCGGCAGUGAACCUGACUGACGACCAGAUAGCCGCUGGCCUCUACGUGUGUGCAAAUAACGAAAGUACACUGAAGUCCAUCAUGAAGAAGAAAGAUGGCAGCAAAGAUUCAAAUGGAGCGAAGAAGAACCUCCAGUUUGUUGGCAUUAAUGGAGGGUAUGAGACCACUUCCAGUGAUGAUUCCAGCUCAGAGGAAAGCUCUUCUUCCGAGUCAGAUGACGAGUGUGAUGUCAUUGAGUACCCUCCUGAGGACGAGGAGGAGGACGAGGAGGACGAAGACACUCGGGGAAUGGCGGCAGGGCACCAAGCAGUUAAUGUGGAAGGUUGCAAGUCCGCCAGGGUGGAAGAUGAAGUGCAGGUUCAAGAAUGUGAACCUGAGAAGGUGGAAAUCAGAGAGAGGUAUGAAUUAAGUGAAAAGAUGUUGUCCGCAUGCAACUUACUGAAAAACAACAUAAAUGACCCCAAAGCUUUGACCAGCAAGGACAUGCGGUUCUGCCUGAACACCCUGCAGCACGAGUGGUUCCGCGUGUCCAGCCAGAAGUCGGCGGUCCCGGCCAUGGUGGGGGACUACCUGGCGGCCUUCGCGGCCGUGUCCCCCGAGGUCCUGCGCCACGUCAUCAACAUGGCGGACGGCAACGGCAACACGGCCCUGCACUACAGCGUGUCCCACUCCAACUUCGAGAUCGUCAAGCUGCUCCUGGACGCGGACGUGUGCAACGUGGACCACCAGAACAAGGCGGGCUACACCCCCAUCAUGCUGGCCGCCCUGGCCGCCGUGGACGCAGAGAAGGACAUGAGGGUGGUGGAGGAGCUCUUUGGCUGCGGGGACGUGAACGCCAAAGCCAGCCAGGCAGGACAGACGGCCCUCAUGCUGGCGGUCAGCCACGGGCGGAUAGACAUGGUGAAGGGCCUGCUGGCCUGCGGGGCGGAUGUGAACAUCCAGGACGACGAGGGCUCCACCGCCCUGAUGUGCGCCAGUGAGCAUGGGCACGUGGAGAUCGUCAAGCUGCUGCUGGCCCAGCCCGGCUGCAACGGCCACCUGGAGGACCACGAUGGCAGCACCGCGCUCUCGAUCGCUCUGGAUGCAGGACACAAGGACAUCGCCGUCCUCCUCUAUGCCCACAUCAACUUCGCCAAAGCCCAGUCUCCGGGCACCCCGAGGCUUGGAAGGAAGGCGUCUCCCGGCCCCACCCACCGAGGUUCUUUCGAUUGA